CCAAACACAAAAUAUAGUAACUACACCUGCUCCCCCUUUCCCUCGAUCGAAUGGCUUCCAGUGCUGGUCAUAACGUUGUGAAAGCCGGAUACUGGUUUUUCGGGAGUGACAAACGGAGGGUAGCAGAUAUACCUUCCGAACUCUUCACACAUCUUUAUGCUGGCUUUGCCAAGGUCAACGAUAAUGGCAAUGUAUUCAUCCCUGAGAGAUACUUGGAUCUAUUCGAAGUCUUCACCAGAACCGUUCGAGUACGAAACCCUAGCGUGAAAACUCUUUUAUCCAUCGGUGGUGAAAGUGAAGAAGCUCACAUAUCUACAGUGGUAGCAAAUGAAGUUAAGCGUGGACAUUUGAAAAGGGACUCCAUAGGUCUUGCCAAGAAGUUCGGUUUCGAUGGCCUGGACCUCUGCUGGCUGUACCCCUCCAAUGCCGACCGGGAGGACCAGCUUAGUGCUCUCCUCUGUGAAUGGCGAUUUGCCCUGGGCGAAGACGUCGAGAAGACAAAGAGGUCUGAGCCGUGGCUUCUUACUGCAGCGGUGUUUCACCAUCCGGUCAUUAAUAAUUUCAAUUAUCCCAUUCAGGCUAUUAAUGACAACUUGGACUGGAUCAACGUACUGGCCAUUGACUUCUAUACUCCCUCCAACUCACUCAACGAGACUGGACCGGUUCAUGCGUGGCUUACUCGACCUAUGGAUCUACUGGACAAGUGCGGACAAAGAGGCAUUCAAGACUGGAUUGACAAAUUAGGGGUUGCGACCAACAAAUUAGUCUUCAGCCUUCCAUUUUAUGGCUAUGAAUGGAUUAUUAAUGUAGAUCGUGCGAAUGGGUACUUUGGAUUCUUUGCACCGGCUUUAGAUAAAGGAAUUAAUCGUCUGCCCCUGGCCUUCAGAGAUAUCCAGGAAGAACUCCGGCGAGAUAUAUAUGAAACCGUGUAUGAUAGGAACUAUGAAGCUGUUUACUCGCAUGGUACAAUUAAUAAGGAGAAAUGGAUUGGUUAUGAGGAUGGAUGCAGCAUCUCUGGAAAGGUUAGCAAGGCACUAUUUGAUGCCUACAAAUUGGGCGGUUACUUUGCAUGGCAUUUGGACGCCGACGACUUGAACUGGACUCUUUCUCGUUCAGCCUUCGAGUCAUCAGUACCGCCGGCGUUUGAGGCUAAUCCGUAAUGGCCACCAGUAUUGUGAAGAAUAAUCAACAACAUGGCCAGCAAUCAGAUAUGGUGUGUUUGCUAUAUAUAUAUAUGUAUGUGUGUUUGUGUGUGCUUGUAUUAUCAAUAUUUAGGCCAAUGGUAUCAGCUAUACCGAUGUUCUGUUACAAUUAUAUGUAACAUAGAAGUUGCUAAUUGUAACAUGAUCAACAAUAAGGCCAAUGGCUAUGCUGUGUUAAUUGUGUGUAAUAUUAUCCCCCAGUUAAUAAUAAGGUCAUUCUUAUGGCCACAGCGUGCACGGUAAUUUAUAAA